AUGACGAGUGUGUGGCGUCGACUGCAGCUCCGAAUCGCUGGCACCACACCCGCGCGGCGAUUCCAGGAGGAGGCUGACGUGGGUGUCGCUGCUGUGUUGAGUUGCUUCCGAAGCUUGAAGCUAGACCCGCAGAAUGCCAACAAAGAGCACGAGGAACUGUUUGACCAGGCUGUGGAGAUUGUCGGGUCGAAGAAGUUUGAGCAGCAGAAGCAGUAUGUGCAAAAUGAGGUCGCUAAGCAGGUCCAGAUCUGCUUUGAAGCGGUGCUGAAAAUGCCGAAAGACUCGGAGAAGAGUGCUCCCAGGAUGUCAUUGUCUGGAUUCGAGCGUACCACUGAAGUGGAGGAAAAGCUUGGAAUCACUGACAACUUUCAGAAGCUCUUUGGAUUUACUUUGAAUGUGGAAGAGUCAAGUGUUCCUGGUGCUGAUGAAGGAGUAAAGCUCCGUGGAUCUGCUCCCAUAGGGUCAUUGGUGGCUCUGUAUCCUGGUAUCGUCUACUUGCCAGAACACUAUAAAAAGAAACACCAUUUGGGCGUGUUGUCGAACAACGCUUACGCCCGUGCUCGCUUUGAUAGUGUGAUCAUUGACGCCAAAAAUGAGUCGUCGAAACCUCGUAACCCUCUAGCCGUGGCGCACAAGAUCAACCAUCCUCCGAGUGGGACGCCGCCAAACGUGAUUGGCUUUGCUUUUGAGUUCCCACCUGAAGAACCGUUUUCGACCAAGGAAUAUGAUGAGCUCAUUCCGAACAGUUUUGUGCAAGAGCCAUCUCGUCUCUCCAUGUUUGGCAAGCGCGCUAUCGUGCAUGGCCUCGCGUUUAUUGCAACGGCUGAUAUCGCUGAUGAAGAAGAGCUGUUUCUUAAUUACCGAUACAAUCCCGACCGGCCACUGCCCGAGUGGUACACACCUGUGGACGUCGAUAGUGAUCGCGCAAUGUGGAAGUGA